CCAUGUGUUGUCUUCUCUAAAAGGCUAUGCCCAGCAGAGCAGAACUACUACAUUAGAAACCAGGUGCUUCAUAUCAUCAAGCUGGUGCAGGAAGAGUGACUCAAGGGUUUACGGCAACCAUUCCAAGUAAUCACUGAUCAUCUUAACCUCAAAUACCUCAGGGAUGCUCAACAUUUGAACCCUCGCAAGACCCAGUGGGCGAAAUUCUUUACCUGCUUCAAUCAGGAAAAUCCUGACAAUAGAUUUUUAAUGCCAAAAAGAGGGUUUGCGCUGGAGAAAGCUGUUAGUAAAUCUGGCCCCAAGAAAUGUAUUUCAUCACGGAUCUCCCUCCAUCCAGUGGCUAUACCUGCAUGCUAUUUGCCACUGACAUUUUCCAAGGCCUAUCAACUUGUUCCUUCGAAGGGUCUGCCUACUGUCCUUGAUACUGUGGAUGCAAUGUUCCACCAUAUCUUCCAGAGCUUUGGCCUUCUGGAAAGUACCCAAGAAGUUAUUUGAGGAGCUCGAGCAUUCUGCUAAACAUCUCCCUUUGUGUUCCCUGGAAAGAAAAAAAGCAUACUGGAUAGCUUAUGAACUGCUUGAUGCAUAAUGUACAGUACGCUAAAAAUCAAGAGUUUGUGGAAAAUUUCAGUUCCACUACUAUGCAGGAGUUGUGCAAAAGUUUUUAUAUGUACACCAGGUAACAAAGUUUUGAAAAUGCACUUUUGUUUUCUUUACAAUCUUUCACAGAGACUGCCCCUUUAUUUGAAUGAGUUACACCCAGGUUUAUUAUAGUUCAUUAACAAGCACUGACAAGCUGUCACUGUUAGUAUUUCAGUUGAUGGCUUAGAUAAAUCUGAAAUAUGUUAUCCUAGCUUGUUUUUUUAGUCACUCUCUCUUUGACUGUUCGUAUAAUUUAUCUUUUCCUCUUAACCUCAAUAACACAUACAGUAUGACACAGCACAAUACACCAGUGCAAAAUGGGUGUGGAGAUCAAUUGUGUUCACAUAAAAACACAGGCAAGGGCAGACUGGGUACCAGUAGCAGCUUGAUAACUUUAAGAACAUGUCAGCAGUGAAAGUGUGUAACAUCUUAAUCACAGGAGCCAAUCGGGGCUUGGGCUUAGAAAUUGUUAAGCAACUUUCUGUGGAUUCUUGUCAAAAACGACAUAUUUAUGCUACGUGCCGUGACCCAGAUGGACCGAAGUCUGAGGCAUUGAGAGAACUGGUGAAAAAGCAUCCAAGUGUGAUUACAAUCAUACGUCUUGAUGCUGAUGAUCCAUGCAGUGUAAAAGAGUCUGCCAAGAAAGUGGGUUCUCUCGUGGGAAAGAACGGUUUAAACCUUCUUGUGAAUAAUGCUGCAAUCGUGGCAAGUGGCACCAUUCAGACCAGCAGUGUUGAGGACAUGAAGAACACCUUCAACACCAAUGUGAUAGGACCCUUACUAAUCACUAGGGAGUACCUACCAUAUCUACGAACAGCAGCCAAAGCCAGCGGGACACCAGGCAUGUCCUGUAAUAAAGCAGCUGUCAUCAACAUCUCCACUCUUGGAGGAUCUAUUAGCAGAAUGCCUUCCAUGUACGAACAGUUCCCACUGUUGCCAUAUUAUGUGAGCAAGGCAGGUUUGAACAUGCUGACUGUGUUGGCUGCUGAGGAGUUAAAGGCGGAUGAGAUCCUCUGCAUGGCCCUACAUCCGGGAUGGGUGAAGACUGAAAUGGGUGGAGAAAAGGCACCACUUGAACCAAAAGAAAGUGUGGAAGGGAUGUUACGUGUCAUUGGCAGUCUUACUGAGAAACAGCAUGGUGGAUUCUUGGACUACACUGGAGAAACAAUGCCCUGGUAAACCAGGAGAACAAAAUGAGAGGUCACCAAAGAGCUGAUCCUGGUCCAAACGGCCCUAUUUAAUCUAUUAACCAAAUAAGGCCACGUCUAAUCAGAAGCACUUAAUUGCAGGCUAAUGUUUACGACAGACCCAUCACAAUUGUAAAUUUCAUACAAUAAUUCAUUCUGAUCAAUAAAGCAGUACCGUCUCUGUUUAUUUACUGUAUUCUGCAAUGACUGUGCUUAUCAGUUACACACACAGUUGAAUAAAGUUAAUAAUUAAUG